GGCGGGGGCGCAGCGGCUGUCCAGCCAUGGCCGAGGCGGCGGCGGCGCAGAAUCUCCUGUUGGCAGCAGUGUUUGUCUCCGAUGCACAGUACAACAGAAAUAUUCCUUUUAAGACCUCCCCGGAGGCAGUCAGGAAAAAAAAAUUAAAUAAAGAUGGAAGCUGUAGCACUCUGUGGGGAUGAAGAGCAUGGAAAGCUUGGUCACCUCUUGCCUGUGAGGAAGGUAGUGCUGGAGUGUGGCCGUGUUGGGUGUAAGCGGCAGCAGGGGGCCACACAGCUGGCCUGUGUGGGAGAACAGCCCUGUGCCAGGUGGCCAUGGCUGUUACCAGUUGCCUUGGCAGUGGGUGAUGCUAACCCACCACACACCAAAACUUCAGCUAAUCAAAGCAGUGUGUGGCAACUCUGCUCAACUGUGUCUCAAAAGGUGGUAGCUGCGAGGGGUGGGAGUAAUUAAAAGCCUGUGUAAAUUGGUGAGAAGUGAAAUUGCCUGAGUCAGGACCAUUUUGCCUGCAACGGUGACUUUUCCCUUUUAGCUGCUGGUAAGAGGCUGAGCAGCUUUGGUCAGAGAGUUGACUUUUCUGUCAGGCUUGGAUUGCUUUAGGUUAACUAUUUCCAUAUGUAAAACCUGAGAGAAAGUGGCUCCUGUAGAAGGGAGAGGCAAUACAACAGACUGUGGGCAUUAAUGGCUCCUAUAGUGCUCUCCACAAAACCUUUCCUUCCCUCUUCCUUAUUUCUCAUGCCUUAGCGAAUGAAGUUUCUUGGUCAUCUUGGAUACACAGGUAUGAUUAAUUAUGUCCCUUACAAAGUCUUUGUGCUUGUUGUGUAGCUCUGAUGUCUGUCUGCUUUGAAGAAAUAGGCUGUGUGCCUAUAGCUUUGUCCCGCCCAAGUAUGCUUAGCAUAAACAGCGUAAUAGAAAUGAGCAAGGCAGGGGUUAUGCCUUGUUGUUAAGGGCAUAAUAUCGUGUCAUCUUUAUAAUCAUCUGCCCUGUAGCCCUUUUGCAGGUGUUUAUUGGGCAGAUGAGAUGACUCUUUGGCAGCGUUGGCAGCUUUUUCAUUGGCAGAGAAACCGGUCUGCAGAUCUGCUCCACAUCUCCCUGGAGGAGCCACUGUUGCGUGCCAUUGUGUGAAACCUCCCGUGGGAGACUCAGAGUUGGAUGUGUUCAUGGUUAUUACUAGCAUUCACCAGAGAUUUUUCUGCCAUAGAGGACAGAAUACUGCUUAAGCUCUAUAUAGAAAACAGUUUACUGUGCAACUCUGUACUUCUCUGUGGUGGCUUUUCUUACCUCUUUACUUUUUAACCUGCAAAUAAAGGAUGUCAGAUACCUAAUCAGACUCAGUUUGUGUGUUGCGUGGAUAACUGAGAUUAGCAGAAAUUUGCACUCAAAUUAAGGAACAGGGUAAUUACAAAAGGAAGAAGCUUUAGAAAAUCUAUAUGUUGCAGUUUUAAACUAAACUGAAGAAUGUCUGUGUUCCACCCUUCUGGGCUUUUUACUCCCUUAAAGGGAGUACAGUGUCCAUCAGCUAAGGUUAUAAGAACGGCCAGGAAACAAAAUGUCAAAUCCCUGGCUGGCAAGAAUUGUGCUGUUACCCUUCUUCCUCCCUGGUGGUUUGGGACAGCACAUGCUGUUCUUUCAUGAUGGAUUUGGUGAGCCCAUGGGUAUGUGCACUGAAGCCUUUAUUUAUGGUGCCACUGCCUUCUUUCUGCAGGCUUUAUUAUCUCUAUAAUCACUGGAUUAUGCGAACAGCUACCUACUUCUUCAUCUUUCUUAACCUGUCGCUUGCGGUGUUUGAAGAACCUGCUGUGUAUCCACUCCCCUUCCUGGUCACUUCUCUGGUCGAGGUGUUGUGCCUUUUGGUGUUCUUUGGCCGACUGACACAUUAUGCAAAAGUCACCCUUCGCGAUGUGUUCUGGAAGGAUACUAAGAACAUCUGCAUCAUGGUUGCAAUCCUGUUAUCACUAACAGACUUGGCCAUAUAUGGGGUCCUCAGGAUGUACAAUGUGAGGAGCAUUCGAUGGUCAAGAAUUGUGAGGCCCAUCUUCCUGAUCAACUUUGCAGAGAGUCGCCAGAUUCGGAGAGCCUUCCGCAGCAUCCGCAACACGCUGCCAGAGAUCACCUAUGUCUUCUUGCUCUUCAUGUUUAGCCUUCUCAUGUUCUCCCUCAUGGCCUUGAAGCUGUUUGGUGAGAGGAAUCUCCAGACAGCUGAAGGCUUGCCAUAUUUCAGAAACUAUCUAGAGAUUGUGUUUGACCUCUACGUGCUGGUGACGACAGCAAACAGCCCAGAUGUCAUGAUGCCAGCAUUUGACUUCAGCUCAUGGUAUGCCCUCUUCUUCAUUGCCUUUGUCAUUGUCAACACUUACAUCUUCAUGUCACUCUUCCUGGCUGUUGUGUACAACAACUACAAAAAACACCUGAAGAAUGAGAUCCGUAAGCUUGCUUACAUGAAGCGCCACAAGAUGAUAGAGGCCUUCAACCUCCUGAAGGAAGAGGAGGGAGCACAGUUUGUGGUUCGAGAAGCACAGUGGAAGCAGCUUGUCAAGUUGGUGGCUCCUGAUAUCAGCAACUCCCACCGAGAACUGCUGCUACACAUAUCUGAUGAUGAGCAGAAGGGUUUCAUAGACAAGAAGUCGUUUGUACAACUGGCAGAUCUCCUCAACAUCCAGGUGAUUACCCUGAAAAUACGCAGCCAUCCACUGGGGCAAUGGAUGCCUCGUGUGUACAAGUCAGCAGCGAGUCAGUUCCUGCGCAGCAUGGUUAGGCAUAGGGGUUUUGUUUGGACUUACGAUGUGAUCAUUCUAAUAAAUGCUAUCUUCAUUGCUCUGGAUGAAGAAUCACCCUAUAUUUCUUAUGCAGAGUGGGUCUUCCUUGCUUUGUAUAUAAUUGAGAUUCUCCUGAAAGUGUACACUUAUGAACCAAGGGCAUUCUUUGGCAAAAAUCAGUUCUGGAACUGGUUUGAUACCCUCAUCAUCUUUGCUGCCUUGACUGCAACGAUACUCAAUACCACUCUGAAGUCAACUACAAAGUACAACAGCCAACAGAUCCUGGACAUUGUAUUCAUCCUAAGAGUCCUCAGGCUAAUAAGAAUAGUUGACAGCUUUAAAAGGUUCCGGGUCAUCAUGAAUACGCUGAUCAACAUCGUCCCAACAAUGUUGACAUUCGGUGGGCUGACUCUGGUUGUGUACUGUGUAUUUGCUAUCAUUGGCAUGGAGUUAUUCCAAGGCAAAAUCCAGUUCUUCCCAGCAGACGUGAAUGCUCCUCAUGCCAUGGAGUGUGGAAACCCAGCUCUGAAGGAUUCUCUGUUUGCCCGUGGGAAAUACUGCAAGAACAACUUCAACAACUUUGCAUCAUCCUUCAUUGUCCUGAUGGAGCUCACUGUAGUCAAUCAGUGGCAUGUUUUUGCCAAUGGAUUUGCCAAUGUGACAGUUCAGCCUGCGAAGCUGUAUUUCAUUGCCUUCCACAUUGUUAUGGUGAUAAUUAUUGUCAACAUCUUUGUGUCAUUCAUUCUGGAAGCUUUCUUUGUGGAGUAUUCCCUAGAGAAGAGUGAAGUAGAAACUGCCAUUGAACAGAAAAUCCAGGAGCUGGGAAUGGGAGUUCAAGAGGAUGAGCUCCAGGAUGAACAGCUCCUUGAUAACAUGGAAAGAGAUGAGCAUGACUUUGAGGGGGAAGGUGGAACAAAGCAGCAGUCUAAAGGGCUGCUGUUUAAAAUUGCCUCCAAACGGUACAGGACAGUUGAUGCUCUGCUCCAGCGCAUGUUUGAGGCAGAGAUACCACUUGAGGAUGAAGGCCCUUCAGCUGAAGAGAUCUUAAACUUGUCCCCUACCCUUGAUGGUACCCAGUAAUCUGACUUUGGAGUGUGCUAUGUAACGAGGGCAAUCCACCAGCAGUUGAGGAGGUGGAGCUGAUUCCCAGCUGCCUGGGUCUUGAGCAUGUGGGGAACUGGCUGCUUUUGGCCACUGCUCAUGCACAUCAGGACCAGGUUGCAGAGAGGAAGGGGCAGCUGAUGCCGAUGACAGCUUCGUCAUGUAAAGGAGCUUUAUCUCAUGUAAACUCUUAUAUAAAGGUUUAAACUGGAAAUAACCUCAUGGGAAAGCGGAGGGACAAUCAGUGUAUCUGACUGUGCCAGUCGAGUAAUGGUGCCAUAUUCAGUAUGUUAUGAAAUACUUCUUGUAACUGGAAUUUUGUAUUACAGCACUUUUAUAUGCAUGUAUGGACCAGUGUAUGCUGAAUUAAACAUCUUUAGUGC